GUACCCAGCUGGACGUCCCAGCUCCACCGAGGCCAGCAGUCUGCAACUAGGGUGCAAAAAGAGCUCCCCUGAGUGAGAACCAUGGCCCGGCCACCUCCCUGCUGGCUGUGGAUUCUGGGGACCCUGGCGGGGCUCUCAGCCACCCCAGCCCCUAAGCGCUGUCCAGAGAAACACUACCAGGUCCAGGGAGAACGGUGCUGCCAGAUGUGUAAGCCAGGAACUUUCCUCGUGAAGGACUGUGAAAGGCAUGGAGAGGCUGCUCAGUGUGAUCCCUGCAUACCGGGGGCCUCCUUCUCACCAGACCACCACGCCCGGCGCCACUGUGAGAGCUGUCGGCAUUGUAACUCUGGUCUUCUCAUUCGAAACUGCACUCUCACCGCAAAUGCGGAGUGUGACUGCCCCAAGGGCUGGAAGUGCAGGGACAAGCAGUGUACGGAGUGUGAUCCUUCUUCAAACCCCUUACUGAUACCUCAUCCGUCUCCAGCCCCGGGCCCACACUUGCAACCCACCCACUUACCUUACGCCAAAAUUAAGUUCCAGGCAACGCUUUGUCCAGUGACAGAGAUGAAGGAGACCAGCACAGUCCGGCAGGUGCAGACCCUGGCUGACUUCAGGUGGCUGCCUGCCCCAGCUCUCUCCACCCACUGGCCACCCCAAAGGUCUCUGUGCAGCUCAGAUUGCAUCCGCAUCUUUGUGAUCCUCUCUGGAAUGUUUCUUGCUUUCACCAUGAUCGGAGCUCUGUUCUUCCACCAACAAAGAAAAUACAGGCUAAACAAAGAAGAAUGCCCAGUGGUGCCUGUGGAGCCUUGUCCUUACAGCUGCCCCAGGGAGGAAGAGGGUGGCGCCAUCCCCAUUCAGGAAGAUUACCGAAAACCAGAACCCGCUUCCUACUGCUGA